UUUUUCUUUGUUUAUUAUGUCUUGUAGUGAAUUGUUUUUAUAAAAAAAAAUUUCUUCAUGUCGUCAAUCUCUAUGGAUUCUUCCUGUUCUUAUAAUUCAUUCCUUCGUUUUCUUCUGUGAUUAUAAUUUUGAUUUCUUUCACUAUCUUUUUGUUUUCUAACUCUUUGUUUUUUUUUUAAAUAUUCGUAGAUUGUUCUCUUCCACGCAAAGAAGAAGAUCUAAAGAUGUCGUCAUCAUCUUAUAACACAAGCGUUAUUCCUUCAUCAUCAUCCUCUGCUCAGCCUUUCUUCAUCACCAGCUCCGGUGUCGGAGAUAACGACUUUAACCGGAAAGAUCCUUUUAUGUCAAUGAUUCAACAACCUAACUCCUCAGCUCCACCACUCAAGAAACGAAGAAACCAACCUGGAAACCCAAAUCCAGAUGCGGAAGUGGUAGCUUUAUCUCCAAAGACACUGAUGGCUACAAACAGAUUCGUAUGCGAUGUAUGCAACAAAGGGUUUCAAAGAGAACAAAAUCUACAGCUUCACCGAAGAGGACACAACCUCCCAUGGAAGCUGAAACAGAAGUCAACCAAAGAAGUGAAGAGGAAAGUAUAUCUCUGUCCGGAGCCCACGUGUGUUCACCAUGACCCGUCACGUGCUCUCGGAGACCUCACCGGAAUCAAGAAGCAUUAUUACCGUAAACACGGCGAAAAGAAGUGGAAAUGCGAGAAAUGUUCCAAGCGUUACGCUGUUCAAUCGGAUUGGAAGGCUCACUCUAAGACUUGUGGUACUAAAGAGUAUCGAUGUGACUGUGGUACCAUCUUCUCUAGACGUGAUAGUUACAUCACGCAUAGAGCUUUCUGCGAUGCAUUGAUACAAGAGACUGCAAGAAACCCUACCGUGAGUUUUACGUCAAUGGCAGCUGCUAGUAGCGGUGUCGGAUCUGGCGGAAUUUACGGGAGACUUGGUGGUGGCAGCGCUCUCUCGCACCAUCAUAUGAGUGGCCAUCCAAAUUCUGGAUUUAACCCUCUCGCUGGUUACAAUCUGAACAUUGCAUCUUCUGAAAAUAGGAGAGACUUUGUUCCGCAAUCAGCAAACCCUAACUUCUUACUCCAAUGCUCGUCGAGCCAAGGAAUGUUGACUGCGACUCCAAACAACAAUGAUCAGAGUUUCAUGAACCAACACGGUCUGAUACAGUUUGAUCCGGUCGACAACAUCAACCUCAAGAGUAGCGGUACCAACAACAGCUUCUUCAACCUCGGGUUCUUUCAAGAAAACACCAAGAACUCGGAGACGAGUCUUCCUUCUCUAUAUAGCAACGACGUUCUUGUUCAUCAUCGUGAAGAAGAAUUGAACACGGGUUCUAACGUGUCAGCCACGGCACUGCUUCAGAAAGCUACACAAAUGGGCUCAGUCACAAGCAACGAUUCUGCUUUGUUCAGAGGCUUAGCUUCUUCCUCUAACUCAACAAGUUUAAUCCCUAGUCACUUUGGUGGAGGACGAAUUAUGGAGAAUGAUAAUAACGGAAACCUUCAAGGUCUUAUGAACUCAUUGGCUGCCGUUAAUGCCACUGGCGGUGGAUCCGGUGGCAAUAUCUUCGACGUUCAUUUUGGCAACAAUGGAAAUAUGAGCGGUUCGGAUAAGUUAACGUUAGAUUUUCUUGGAGUUGGAGGAAUGGUGAGAAAUGCAAAUCGCGGUGGUGGUGGCCGUGGUAGUGGUAGUGGUCGCGGAGGAGUUUCUUUGGAUGGUGAAGCGAAGUUUCCCGAGCAAAACCAUCCAUUUGGAAGAGGUUGAUAGUAUCUUAUUAUUUUAUAACUUAAUUAGGUGAUAUAAUUUUGUUAUUUUACUUGUUUGUUUUUAUAAUCAAAAUAUAAUAUAUCUUUUGUGAGCUUUUUAGGUUUGGGUUUGGUUAGAGUCUGUCUUUUAUAUGACAAAAAUAUUAAUGUAAUAAGUUUGUUAUUUUGUUGACUUACAACAGCUUCUUGAACUUUUUA